ACAGGCGCACUUUUGUCUUCAGAAGUGACAAUUUUGACAGCAGGGUUGUUGGUGGUCUGUGUAUGGUGCUUCUUUAAUUUAAAAAAUAAUUAAUAUUUAUACAAAUUCAUGAAACUACAAGUGUGAUUAACAUAACUAUCCUCGCUUAGAAGACAGAUGUAAUGCUGGAGAACCAAGGAGUUCCAAAAAAUUUGCUAUGCCUUAGUCGGUGUUAAAAACUGCUUCGUGUGUGAUGAAGCUUCACCAUUGUGUUGGUGUUGAAAAACACUUGCAAAAGCUAAAAGUGCAAUCAAAACUCUCGUGAUAAGUCUCGAGUUCACCUAAGGACAAUACAGUAGGAUGGAUAUGAGUGUUUAUUUAACUGCUCCUUUACGUUUAGAUAAAAUCUGUCGAGCAUGCUUGACAGAAAAAGGGGAUAUGAGGCCUCUGUUUGGGGCUUGUCUUGACGAAAUGCUGGUUUCGUUUGCGUCAAUUCAGGUGGAGGAGGGUGACGGCUUACCUAACUUAAUGUGCGUGCAAUGUGUCCUCCAGUGCAGCAGGGCUUACACAUUUAAGCAGCAAUGUGAAAAAUCGGAUAAUAUUUUACGGCAAUUUAUUAGUGCGGAAUUUCAGCAUCAGUUAGCGGAAACGCUCCAAGAACAACAAACUAAAGAGGAAUUACAGGAACAGUUGCAAUUUCCCGACAACAUAGCCAAUGUUGUUAUUGAAGAGGGAAUCACAGCCGAAUUUGUGACUUACACUGAAAACGAUGCGGUAGUGGAAGUAAAACAAGAUUUGUAUUCAGUGGAAGCAGCUCCAGAUGAGGUUGUCGGCAUCGAAAUUGAGAAAAGUGACAAUGAAGCGCACAAACUAAAAUAUCGGUGCACGAAAUGCGACGAAGCGUUUGCUCUAAAGGUGGAUUUAAAGGUCCAUAUGAUGACCCAUCCAAAGGACCUGGACCACAUAUGCCACGUUUGCAACAAAGGCUUUCCCGAAGCCCGAAUUUUGAAACGCCACUUGAAAAUUCACCUUGAUAAAAAACCACAUCAGUGCGACCAAUGUAACAUGUCUUUUGCAGAAAGCUCAAAUUUAAGCAAACACAAAAAGAAACACACUGGUGAGCUGCGCAACAUCACCGGCAAGCCUCAUCUCUGUUCGGUGUGUGGACGAGCUUUUAAGUGGGCCUCAAGUCUCUCCAAACACAUGAAAUAUCACACGGGGCAUAAGUUGCUAUCCUGUGACUUUUGCGGCAAACAAUAUGUGGAGGCUCGCAGUUUGAGGAUUCAUAUACGAUCUCAUACCGGGGAACGUCCGUACACGUGCAAAGUGUGCCAAAAAACGUUCACUCAAGUUUGCAAUUUAGAAAAGCAUUUGCGAGUUCAUACAGGCGAGAAACCGUUUUUGUGCCCGAUUUGUGGCAAAGGCUUCACUCAGUCUGGUUAUGUGGGUAUCCACAUGCGGACGCACACCGGCGCUCGCCCUUACGUUUGCCAAACUUGCGGUAAAGCGUUCGCUGGUUCAAACACCCUCACAAUUCACCAGCGGAUCCACACCGGGGAAAAACCGUACUCGUGUAACAUGUGUGGUAAAGCGUUCAGUCGGCAUGAAACGUUGAUAAUUCAUACGCGUUCUCACACGGGCCACAAACCCCACGUUUGCAGUAUUUGUAAGAAAGGCUUUACGUCCUCUGGGCAUUUGUCGGGACAUAUGAGGACGCACACUGGGGAGAAGCCGCAUAUUUGCAACCUCUGUGGAAAGAAAUUUGCGGGGUCCAGCAGCUUGAAGGUUCACAUGAAAACACAUUUGGUUGAGAAGCCGUUCAUUUGUAAAUUGUGCGGGAAAGGGUUUACACAGUCGGUUCUGUUUCAGCAGCAUUUAGCGACGCAUACGAACGUCGAUGAUAAAAGCGAGAUUGCGAAAAUUGAAACUGUGCAAGUUAGAGAUUUGAUGUAAACAAUAAAAGAGUAAUUUUAA